AUGUCCCUGCCGCGAUAUCCGUCGUCACGCCUUUCCGAUGUGCAGCUGCCCAUUGUGCUGGUCCCCGAUGUCGACGACGGGAAGAUGGUCUCCGACCUGGAACCCGAGUUGGAGAACCGGAAGGAAACACCAAGGGUCUUAGAGAAAGAGCAGUCCCCGCCGGCGCCUGAGCACCCGAUUCCGUCUAUGCAAGAAGCUUUUGCUGAAUCCUUGACCGAGGCCACGCAUGGAGAUGCCGCGGCAAAACCAAAACUACGCUCAGGGGAUGCCAAGGCAAGACGGGAGGAACUUCUCGACCAGGAAAAAUCGGAGCCGCCCCCGACUGCCCUGUGGCGUCGCCGCCCGGGACAGAAAACGCAUGAGCUUUGUAGGCUCAUGGCCCAGAUAUCGUUUGGCGUUUAUCUGCUGCUAAACGGCAUGGCCAACAGCCAGAUCUUGGUCGUCUCUAUCCUGCAAGGGCACAUAGACGAAGUAGACGAGUUUUUGGAGACAACGCUAGAAGACAUGGAGCUCGCCAUCAAGGACAUGAAGGACCGGAUUGAGCACCUGAGGCUCCCCAUGGACAACAUCGGCGUCUUUGAGCGCAUGUUGGAAAAUCGCGAUUUUCGUCUGCAGAUUCUUGAGGGCAACCAGAAGAUCGAACACAUCCUGGUUCGAACCCAAGUGGCACUUAAGCAGACCAUGCAGGAUCUCACCGAGGGUCUCACGGCAACCAGAGAGUUUACAAUCUAUCUCGCAGAGCAGCAGCAUGGCCAAUGGCGACGUGAGCGUCCGGAUGUGAUCGAUAUUUUUGAUGCUAUGAGGGGUAACACGGACGGGUGGUUCAAAGCGUUCAUGGAUUUGCAGGCCAUGGGAAGUUCAUUGAAUGCUCUAAUGGUCAAACUUGGCGAUAUCGUCUCGGAGAUGGAACGGCGGGCAGGAGAAGUCAGCCGCAGGACUAGGUUUAGUGUCGAACCUUAUACCUCUCCCGGGCAUAGUCCUCGACUGUCGGACACGUCUGAAGUCGUGACCACUUCAAGUUCGCCCACAAAAACGGCAGCAAACUUACCUCGACGCUCCUCGAUACGCCCAAGCACGAUGAGCACAGUUGCUGCUUCUGAGGCGUCCUAUUUUGACCUACCUUUUCAUCUUGAAGAGCAGCCGGAGACGACGGGGGAUCCGCCAGGCGAUGCUGCGCAAGGAGAACCGGCAAGUCAGUCACCACGAAGGAUGGUCAUCACGCUUCCUUCAUCACAGUCGCCGCCAGGGUCCCCGCCUCGGUCACCACCAGCUCGCAAUCCGCGACGACUCUCCGAACGGCCAGCGGCACUGCUAGAUGCGCCUAAACUCGAAACCCCCCAAGAGAACGUGGAGGAAAAUGAGGAGAGCACCCUCUAUAUCCUCCAGCCACGAACCUAUACACCUCAACCACCAUCACCGCAUCCUUCGCCUCGUAUCCCUGAUGAGCCGCCCAAACCAGAACCUGAAGAUGACAUACCACGACCUGAAUCACCCGUCUUCUACGUGGAGGCCGCGGCUCAGCUGCAAGUCAAGCUGCAAGUCAACUUACCGAAGCCACAGGCCGAGCAGGUCUUGUCGAACCCCCAGGUUCACAGGCCAAGGGUGGUUGAAAUUGGAGCGAGGACUGAUCAGAAGCCCGUCCCGAAGCGAAGCCCUAGGCCAGAUCUCCACCCGGCGUCUAGGUCGGACCCUGCCCAGGCGCCAGAGCUAGUAGUUGCUGCGGAACUGCAUGAUGCGCCGGAGGUACAUGAGCCGCGGCGCACCUCUCUGCGAGAUCGGAUCUCGCUGAAAAUGAAUCCCCCAGAAUCCAUCCAGGUUCCGCCGCCUAACGCGUUGGGGCUGCAGCUGCCAAUGCACCCCGCUCACCUAGGCUUUCAGGCUCCAGAUUCAGCCUACGGUUCUGAUAUGGAGCGGCCACCCAUAAACUCGUCCCUUCCCGACUUCACUCCGCCGUUUGCUCGCCCGGGCGUGCUCCCCUCACCGCAUUCAGACCGGCAGUUCUUUCGGCCGGUACAGGCCAGCCCAUACUCACCCCUUCAGCAGAGACCACACACGUCCGGAACUGCUGGGCCUCAGCACUUCCCUCCGCCUCCCCGAAAGACACCGUCGGCGAUGGGAAUGAGCAUAAUGAGCAACAGCACAACAAUGAGUAAUGCGACGGGCAAGACGCUGAAGAAGAAGCGCAGUGCGUUUGGGUGGCUGAAGAAGGCCUUUUCCCUCGACGAGGAAGAACGGGCAGUGUUUGAGCAAAGGAGAGCAGAACCCGUACCCACACCCUAUUAUGCCAGCGAAGGCCCCAAGUUCUUGGACGGCAAACGCAUCCGGCCCCGUCCGGGUUAUUAG